AUGCUACCAAUAACAAUAAUCUUUAACAACCACCCCGAUAACACUUCUCUCUCACUCACUACUAUUCCUUCUGCGAGACUUAUCUCUCGCUACUACAACGACUACCACAGGCUCACACAGUACUCUCGUUUCUCAUUCGCUGACUGCCUUUCUUCUACUCGGCUUUCAACCUUUCUGUUAGUGACACUCCAAGCCGUCCUCUUGGUCUCGUCUCUCCACCUUCGGGUCGAACGAAAACUCAUCAUCAUGCCUUCUAGCCCGGAGCAAAUGACCAAAUACCAGAAAAUUGAGUCCUUGGUGAAGGGCUUCAAACUUCCAUCUGCUACUUAUCGGCAGGUGAUGAUGCUGUGGAGAGAGGAGAUGAAGAAUGGGCUGAAGAAAAGAACUAACCCCACAGCCGACAUUAAAAUGUUCCCUUCCUUUGUUAGAUCUUUACCUGAUGGAACUGAACAUGGUAAAUUCUUAGCUCUUGACCUCGGUGGAACUAAUUUCCGUGUAUUACUUGUUGAACUUGAUGGUCCCUUGGUUGACAUUGAAAGCAAAACUUACCUUAUCCCACAACAAGUAAUGCUUGGCACUGGUGAACAGCUCUUUGAUCAUGUUGCUCACUGUGUUGCCAACUUUAUUUCUAAACAUGGACUUGAGAGAGAGCCUACAUUGAACCUUGGAUUCACUUUCUCCUUCCCAUUAAUGCAAGAUGGUCUUGCAUCAGCUCGACUCUCCAAGUGGACUAAAGGCUUCCGUUGUGAAGGUGUCAUUGGAAAAGAUGUUUGCCUUUUACUUAAGCAAGCUCUUCAAAAAUGCACGCAUGUUGACAUAAAUGUUGUUGCUGUGAUCAAUGACGCUGUAGGCACCCUAAUGUCUGCUGCUCAUAGUGACAGGAAUUGUGAAAUUGGUUUGAUUCUUGGGACUGGGUGUAACGCUUGUUACAUGGAAAAACUUGAUGAAGUUGAAACUAUUGAAUUGGAUGAUGGAGGCCCAAAUCAAGUAAUUAUCAACACAGAAUGGGGAGCAUUUGGAGACAAUGGAUGUCUAGACUUUGUUCGAACAGAAUAUGAUCGGGAGUUAGACACCUACUCUAUCAACCCAGGUAAACAACUAGUUGAAAAAAUGAUUGGAGGUAUGUAUUUGGGAGAAAUUGUACGUCUAACAUUGGAGAGAUUGACAUCAGAAGGACUCAUCUUCCAAGGUGUAGACCCUGAAUGUGAUUUGUUUAAUCGUGGAAAGUUCUAUACAAAAUAUCUUUCUGAAAUCGAGAGUGACCGUGGAGAAUUCUUUGAGAAUACAAAGAUGAUCCUUGAAGAAAUUGGUAUUGAGACAUAUACAUUAGAGGACUGCAAAAUUGUAAAAUAUGUGUGUGCACUUGUGUCAGCCCGAGCUUCUUUCCUUGUUUCAGCAGGAAUUGCCACUUUAAUUAACUGUUUAAAGAGACCAGAAGUCACUGUAGCUGUUGAUGGGUCAUUAUAUCGUUUUCACCCACGCUUCCAUAAUUUGAUGUCCCUCAAGAUUUAUGAGCUUGUUGAACCAGCAUAUAAGUUCAAGCUGGCUUUGUCCCAUGAUGGCAGUGGCAAGGGUGCUGCUUUAGUGGCUGCUGUCACAACACAUAUGAAGUCAAAUAGCCUAAAUAAGAUGCCACCUAACAUGCAAGGCAAUCCCAAAGAGCAGCACAACAUUAAAAAGAAGUGGUUCAGUCAUAUUUCGUCUUGUCUUGAUAAAUCAUUUCCUAAAAAUCUGAAAGAAUGUUCCCAUGGAUUAAAUUGUGCAGUUCAGGAAGAAGAACAUUACAAAAACUUCCAACAUUCUUCAUUAGCACAACUAAGAGUGAACAUGUCUCCAAAUUCUGAAAAAACAUCAUCACAAAGUGGUGAGAUAAAACUUUCCAUGAGAGAGGAAUUCAAAGAAAGAAAUAAUACAGGAAAUGUUGAUUCUUUACCAAUAUUACAAAAUACACCUGUUAAAAGAGAAACUACAUCUGUGACAUGUAGCAGUAACGAAUCACCUCUUCAAAUUGAAGUUGAACUAGACAAAAGUCAGCAAUCAUCUUCCUGUCCAUUUUAUAAGAAGAUACCAGAUACUGCCAUUACAGUUGAUGCCUUUAAAUAUGGUUUGAUCCCUGGAUGCAGAGCUUAUUUCCUCACUCAUUUUCACUAUGACCACUAUCAAGGAAUGACAAAACACUUUAAACAACCUAUUUAUUGUAGCCAGCAGGAAAAUGAGUCUGUAGACCAAUACCUUCAGGCCUUGAAUCGACUUGCUGCUGACUGUUGCUUCCAAGAUGUUACUGCUACUACUUACAGGGAUGAAUCUGUCCGUGAUGCAUUUAUACGUGGUCUCCGGUCCCUCGUAAUACGUGCCAGACUGCUUGAAAAUGAUACGCUAACUCUCAAGGAGGCUACUCAAUGUGCUAGAGCCUUAGAACAGGCUCACUUUCGUGCUGAGUCAUACACUUCUCAGAUUGGAUCAACUGCUGCUACUACCACUAGGACUAAAAAUGUGUUUACUGAUUCUGCCGAGGAGGCCACUUCCACUACUAUUACUAAAAAUAUGCUUUCAGACUUAACUGAUUCUCGUACGGAGUGUGACUCUGUACAAUUGUCUGCUGCCUUUGCUCGUGGCAAGUGCUACAACUGUGGAGGAAAACGUCACUUUAAGGAUAAUCGUCGCUAUUGUCCUGCCCGUGAUAAGAUAUGUCGAAACUGUGGCAAACUUGGUCAUUUUCUAAAGUUUGCCGUUCUACCAUGCGGCACCUUCACGUUCUACUUCAGCUAUUAUAGUAGCCCGUGCUAA